AAAAAAGGAAGUGAACGGUAAAACUCAAUAGGUAAAUCAAAACUGGGAAAAAGAUCCUGGAUUUUUUUUACCAAUUUACCCUUUUCUAUUCUAUAAUCUAUACUCUCCUUCUUCUAAAGCCCUAACUUUUAGACGCAUCGUUCCGGCCUCAAAAACUCUCCAGAAUCUCUCCUCUCUCUCUACCUCUCAGCUAAGUCUCGCUCAAGGCGAAUCCGCUUCUUCCGUUGCUCUUUCUUUUCCGGCGGCACCCUUCACUUUUUUCCGUUGUUGGAUUGCUUUGUGCUGUGACUGAGAAGCUUUUAGUAACUUAAGAUCAGGCAAAAUGUCUCGAAAAGGUUUGAUGGAGCAGGAUCUAAGCAAGCUGGAUGUUACAACGCUACAUCCUCUGUCUCCUGAAGUUAUUUCGCGGCAGGCUACUAUAAAUAUCGGUACCAUUGGUCAUGUGGCACAUGGAAAAUCCACUGUUGUGAAAGCUAUAUCUGGUGUCCAGGUAUAGUUGUCUCUGCGUUUCCCUUCUAAUUUCAUGUUGCUGGUUAAUUUGGAGUGUGCGUUUAAGUUCAACUGCUUUAAUUCUGAGGUUGAUACGAUAGUAAUUAUGUUUCUUUGGUGGAUUGGAUAUUCACUUAGAACUGUUCCCUUUUGAAGGCUCCAUUAUGACAUGGAGGAAUUGUGUUGUUUUUCCCCGUCAAUCGUCUUUGAAAAUAAUGUCUUUUGGGAGAAUAAUUGGAUUUUCUUGAGCUUUUGUUACUUUGCUGAUAUGGGAAUUCAUUUACAGUUCUAAUUUGGUGAUGGUUUUAAAUUCUGAAUGUGGAUUUACCUCUUGAGAAAGUAAUUAUUGCAUUAUCUUCUUUCUUUCUGCAGACAGUUCGUUUUAAGAAUGAGCUGGAACGUAAUAUUACCAUCAAGCUUGGUUAUGCAAAUGCCAAGAUAUAUAAAUGUGAGGAAGAGAAGUGCCCUCGACCUAUGUGCUACAAGGCUUAUGGGAGUGGGAAAGAAGAUAGUCCCAUGUGUGAUGUACCUGGAUUUGAGAAUUGCAGGAUGAAAUUGUUGAGGCAUGUAUCAUUCGUCGACUGCCCUGGACAUGAUAUUCUCAUGGCUACAAUGCUUAAUGGAGCUGCUAUUAUGGAUGGAGCAUUGCUUCUCAUAGCUGCAAAUGAAAGUUGUCCGCAACCUCAGACCUCUGAACAUUUAGCUGCUGUUGAAAUUAUGCGUCUCCAACAUAUCAUUAUUCUUCAAAAUAAGGUUGAUUUGGUUCAAGAAAAUGUAGCUAUAAACCAACAUGAAGCCAUUCAAAAAUUCAUACAGGGGACUGUUGCUGAUGGUGCACCAGUUGUUCCCAUUUCCGCACAGCUUAAGUAUAAUAUUGAUGUUGUGGCUGAAUACAUUGUGAAAAGAAUACCCAUUCCGGUUAGGGAUUUCACCUCGCCACCAAAUAUGAUUGUUAUCAGGUCUUUUGAUGUGAAUAAGCCUGGAUUUGAAGUUGAUGAGAUCAGAGGUGGUGUUGCCGGUGGCAGUAUUCUGAAGGGUGUUCUGAAAGUAAACCAAAACAUAGAAGUUCGUCCUGGUAUUGUUGUGAAGGAUGAGAAUGGCAACAUUAAGUGCACCCCAAUAUACUCUAGAAUAGUGUCAUUGUAUGCUGAGCAAAAUGAACUACAAUUUGCCGUGCCUGGAGGCCUUAUUGGUGUUGGAACCACGAUGGACCCUACUCUGACCCGAGCUGAUCGAUUGGUGGGUCAGGUUCUGGGAGAAGUUGGAUCAUUGCCAGAAGUUUUUGUUGAACUAGAGGUAAAUUUCUUCCUGCUUCGACGGCUUCUUGGUGUGAGGACCAAGGAUAGUGAGAGACAGGGCAAGGUUUCGAAGCUCGCCAAGGGAGAGACCCUUAUGUUGAACAUAGGAUCUAUGUCAACUGGAGCCCGUGUUGUUGCGGUGAAGAACGUUUUUGCAAAACUACAACUUACAUCUCCAGUCUGCACUAGCAAAGGUGAAAAGAUUGCCCUCAGUCGUAGAAUUGAGAAGCACUGGCGUCUUAUUGGUUGGGGCCAAAUUCAAGCUGGUAUUACCCUGGAUGUCCCACCCUGCCCUAUUUGAGUGAACUAAACAAAAACCGGUACAAAAGGAUUAGCGGAACCAUUCAAAACAGUGAGAGAAACUAGGGGUUCGAGAUGUGGGAGGGCAGACAAAUGCUGGGAACAAUUUUUGUUCGUUGGAGGAGAAAACUGUUGCGAAAUUUUGCAUACUUCAGUAUUAUUGCUGCUCUGUUAGCCUUUUUCUUUGUUUCUUUCUUUUUUAAUUUUCCUUGUCUUUGUGCAAGAAGAGUUUUGUACCUUAUCCCAUUUGAUUCUUUAGCAAGUGUUGCGAUAUUGACUGGUUUUCGACAUUUUCUAAGCCGCGGUUUCAUUAGCACAUAAUUGUCGGACCAUUUUAGUUGCUGCCUCUCGAGGAAAUGUAUCUUGUGGUUAGGGCCGUAAACAAGCCUGGCCGCUUGCGAGCUAUUCGCGAGAUGCCUCGGUUAAAGCUCUUCUCGGACUCGAGUUGACCGAUUUUGAGCCGAGUCGAGCCAUUCAAAAGAGACCACAGGAAGUUUUGCUUGUUGCUCUGAAAAUGUCCGUCCUUUGGUUCCCGUGGGGAAAAUAAACAUUUGAUAUCUGCAUGGUGGUAAACAUUAGUUUAGAACAACUCCAUCUUAAAGUGCAGUUUUUAAUCAAUGGUACAGGCGUGAAGCAAUCUAUAGUUCAGUUUGCGUUCCUUUCAUAGGAAAAAAGAUUUCAGUUACUU